GGAGAGAGACGGGACCUAGAAGCAGAGUCCGAGAGAAAGUGGAUGGGCAGGCAGCAUUAUGGGCAGCCACUGAUCACAAUGUGGAUAAUACAACAGAAAUACUCAGGGAGUGGUUGAAAAAUGUACAGAGAUUCUAUCACUAUGUGGAGUGGAGGCCUAUGGAUGAACCAGAAUCUUACUCUGAUGAAAUUGGACCAAAGCAUUGGCCAGGCUCCCGUUUUGCCCAUGUGAUGAAACUACGGCAGGCGGCCCUUCGAACUGCGAGGGAAAAAUGGUCAGACUAUAUUCUGUUCAUAGAUGUCGACAACUUCCUGACUAAUCCACAGACCCUCAAUCUAAUGAUUGCAGAAAACAAAACCAUUGUGGCACCCAUGCUGGAGUCUCGGGCCCUGUACUCUAAUUUCUGGUGCGGAAUCACACCUCAGUGGCUUUGCUCUGUCUUCGGGGACAAAACCCAGACAUAUUUCUCAUAUUUUUGCUCAAUGGUGGCUUUCAGAAGCCAGCCAUUUGUGGCUUGUGGGGGACACUUGUCCUGUGAUUGCAAUGACUGCCCCUGUUUGAUGGAAGCAAAAUGGCUAAAAGCAGUCUCUUUGGCUGAAAUGUUAAAGCCACGCAGGCCAUUUGAUGGUCCUCCAAUGGAACCCUCCCAGUUUGUUUCAGUUGUCCCUAAAUAUCCAGACAAGAUGGGAUUUGAUGAGAUUUUCAUGAUCAACCUCAAGCGCAGAAAGGACAGGCGGGACCGGAUGUUACGCACCCUGUACGAGCAAGAGAUUGAGGUCAAGAUUGUCGAGGCUGUGGAUGGAAAAGCACUCAACACAAGUCAGCUGAAGGCCCUGAAUAUUGAAAUGCUGCCUGGAUAUCGAGAUCCCUACUCCUCUAGGCCUCUCACCAGGGGUGAAAUCGGCUGCUUUCUCAGCCACUACUCUGUCUGGAAAGAGGUGAUUGACCGAGAGCUGGAGAAGACUCUGGUUAUUGAGGAUGAUGUGCGCUUUGAACAUCAGUUUAAGAAGAAGCUGAUGAAGCUGAUGGAUGACAUUGACCAGGCUCAGCUGGAUUGGGAACUGAUUUAUAUCGGCAGGAAGAGGAUGCAGGUGAAAGAGCCCGAGAAAGCGGUACCCAAUGUGGGAAAUCUGGUCGAAGCUGACUACUCCUAUUGGACGCUGGGCUACGUCAUCUCUCUGGAAGGAGCACAGAAGCUGGUUGGAGCCGAUCCCUUUGGGAAGAUGCUGCCAGUGGACGAGUUCCUGCCAAUCAUGUACAACAAGCAUCCUGUAGCUGAGUACAAGGAGUAUUACGAAUCCAGGGACCUGAAGGCCUUCUCUGCGGAACCCUUGCUCAUCUACCCCACACACUACACAGGCCAGCCGGGGUAUCUGAGUGACACGGAGACCUCGACCAUCUGGGACAAUGAGACAGUGGCCACCGACUGGGACAGGACCCAUUCCUGGAAGUCCCGGAAGCAAGGUCACAUCCACCGCAACGCCAAGAACACAGAGGCCCUGCCAUCACCAACCUCCCUGGAUGCUGUGCCUUCGAGGGAUGAGCUAUGAAGGCUCUGUGGGGGAUUCACUACCCUUGAUUUUUCUAACGGGCUAUUCAUUUGUUUGCUCCAGUUUCUUCUAGUGGUCACAGUCCUCUAACCAAAGUGGUCUACUGUGAUUGAGCAAAAUUAAUAUAUUCUUGACAGGGGAGGAUAAGAAGGAAACUUAACCCAAAUUUCCUAAGAUGGCUAGAAGAUAGGCUUUAUGGCAACCAUCAAGAUAAACUUCAAUCCAGAUACCUAGCCCUUCAGUCUUUAUUCGUGUGGUACUGCUUCCUACAUUAAGGAUGAACAGCAUGGCCCAGAGACUCAUCCCUGAGAAAGUAGUCACAUCAAUAAAUGGGCGGGCAAGGCAGUCGAGCCAACUGGACCACAUCCGUUGGUCUCAUGUGACCUUGAAAACUUGUGUAUGUAACAAGUUUGCGAGGGAGGGGGAUCAAAUCAUUUAAAAGCAAAUUAAUUGGGCUUUGGUUUAAAAGAAUUCUCUCAUGAGCCAAAGUGAGCUGUUCAUCUUAGUCCUCGUUAUCCAAGAGGGAUCCAAUAUUUGGGUCUGUCUGAGACUUGGCCUUUGACUAUCAUGGCAACUGAAGGUCUCCUAAAGAGGUGUCAAGUUUGCCAUGUGGGUAGAGUUUAGUAGAUAUUUGAAGGUUUGUGUAGAUAUUUGAGAAAAAAAAGAACUCAGACUUUGGCCUUGUAUUGUGGUCACUUGAGUUAGGAUGCUCUAUUUAUGAAGAUAAAUUUAAUAUAUAAAGGGGUUCGGGCUGGUGUCUAACUCAUGUUCCAGGGGGCUCUUUGCUGCUGCGACAUGUCACGCUCUCCCCUCCAUGCCUGAGCCUGGGAACGAACUGGGAGUGUGAGUUUUAUGAGUCACUGUUAAGAGGCAGAGCACGUUUUCAGGCCAGCAACUGUCCUUGCCUGGGUUUUCCAUUCUAUUUUGAAUUAUUUAUUCUACAAAAUGUGGGGAAAAUGUAAGAUAAGGCAGAGAAACAGAUUUUUCAAGCUUUCAUAGCACCCUGGGGAGUAGUGAGUGUGUGAUCUGGUUCUCCUGCAUUUCCCAGCCUGGCUCUUGCAGGGAGGCCUGUGGAGUGGGAGAUUCUCACCAUCUGGAAACAAAUGCUUUUCCAUUUCAGUAUAUGUGCUGCCGAAGCGAGCACAAUGCUUUUCCAUUUCAGAUGACAGACCUUGGUCAGAAACAAUGGACCGAUCCACUGAUUUAGGCCAACAUCCAGGGAAGCUCUCGGAGUCAGCGCCCUGGGCAGAUGACCUCCCCGCUUUCCUCAGAGAGUGAUUUUCUGGAAAGUGCAGUGUUGGGCUACAUAUUCUCUGCCAAUUCCACAGUCUGUGUUCCUCAGAUAUCUCAUGAUGGUUUGCCUCAGGUCUGUGUUCGCCCGCCUGCAAGCAGUCAGACUUUGCCUCCAGAAAUACCCUCCACACAUUCCUCCCUGAGCUUCACGCUUUGGAGCAGAGCCCACGGGCAGGGUUGCUGCGUGAACCCAGCUCAGUGCUCCCUGGUGAGGGCCCCCAGGCUGUAGGACAACAAGGCAGCUCGCCUUCCACAGAACACCGGCCUCAGCCUUCCUGCUUGACUUAUCGUCGAUGCUCUUCCACAUUGACUAGUAAGCAACGAGGCUGAGGAAGGGGAUCUCAGCUGACCUCAGUCUUUACUGCUUAGACAUACCUGUCAGAGCCUUUUUUUUUUUUUUCUAGAAAAACAGAAAGAGCAUCUGGGGAGCUAGUGAAAAACCCUUGGGUGAUCCCUAAGGUUUCCUUGGGUAUUUUGUAUUUUGUUUGCAUAUUUGAGUGCGUGCCAGUGUGCCUGAUGUUCACGAUAUAUUUUUUUAAUAGGGUGGGAGGUGGUCGGGAGAUUGGCAGUGGAGAAAGAUUGAGUUGACUUUUGUGUGGUUUUGUUUAAUAGAGAACUUUUUUUUUCCUUUUGCUGUCAGCUGGUCUGAUGGGUUUAUGAAUUCUCAUUCUUAAAAGGUAUUGGUCUUAAAUUCUAGAAUUUUAGAUUAGGACUGUUCUACUGUGAAUAAAGUUCUGGCUCUGUCAGCACA